AUGCGGUGGCUGGUGCUGGCCCUGCUCUGCCUCUGGCCUGGGGAGGGGACGGUGAGGAUCACCCUGAAGAAAGGCAGGUCCAUGCGGGAGGUGAUGAGAGAGAAGGGGGUGCUGGAGGAUUUCCUGAAGCAACUCAAAGGGGACCCCGGUAGGAAAUACCAGCUCAAUAACACUGUGGCUUAUGAACCGCUAACGAACUACCUGGAUUCCUUCUACUUCGGGGAGAUCAGCAUCGGGACCCCCCCGCAAAAUUUCCUGAUGCUCUUCGACACCGGUUCCUCCAACCUGUGGGUGCCCUCCACCUACUGCCAGACUCCAGCCUGUGUAAAUCAUGCCACGUUCAACCACAGCCUGUCAUCCACCUUCUCGGGCAUCGGAGUGACUUACACCCUGAGCUACGGGUUCGGUGACCUGUCGGUGGCUUUAGGGUAUGACACCGUGACGAUCCAGAACAUCGUCAUCAGGAACCAGGAGUUCGGCCUGAGCCUGGAUGAGCCCAGCAGACCCUUUUACUACCUGGAAUUCGAUGGGAUUUUGGGCAUGGCUUACCCGGGCGUUGGCAUCGGCGGUUACAACACGCUGAUGCAGAACAUGCUGCAGCAGAGCCAGCUCGCCGAACCCAUCUUCAGCUUCUAUUACUCACGCAACCCGACAUACAGUUACGGUGGGGAAGUCAUCCUCGGAGGGGUUGACCCCCAGCUGUACUCCGGGGAGGUUUUAUGGGCUCCUGUGGUCCAGGAAUUGUACUGGAAAAUUGGUAUCGAGGAGUUCACCAUCGGGCUGUCAGCCACCGGCUGGUGCAGCCAAGGCUGUCACGGCAUUGUGGACACCGGGACGUUCCUUCUGACUGUCCCGGGACAAUUCAUGUCAGCCUUUCUGCAGGCACUGGGUGUGGAGGAGAGUGACUACGGGUUUGUCGUCAACUGCAGCAACGUCCCGAGCAUGCCCACCCUCUACUUCGCCAUCAGCGGAGCCCAGUUACCGCUGCCUCCCUCUGUCUACGUCUUAAACAACGACGGCGUCUGCACCAUCGGGGUCGAGAGCACGUACGUGCCCUCUGCCAGCGGCCAGCCGCUCUGGAUCCUCGGCAACCUCUUCCUCCGGCAGUAUUAUUCCAUCUUCGACCUGGCCAACAACAGAGUUGGCUUUGCCCUGUCAGCCUAG